UAAAAGCCGGCCUAAGAAGCCCAUAAAAAGGAACUAGGGUUUUUCAGUUCUUUAUACUUUAACCCUUUUCUUCCUUCCUCACUCUCUGCUUCUCUCCAUUUGCCGUCGUAUUACCCAGGAAGGUAAGGUUUUUUCGAGGAAGAAAAAGGAGACAGCGAAAAUGGUUGAGACUACUAAAGGUAGAAAGGAAGAGGUUGUGACAAGGGAGUACACAAUUAACCUUCACAAACGUCUUCAUGGAUGCACCUUCAAGAAGAAGGCACCAAAUGCCAUCAAGGAAAUCAGGACUUUCGCUGCAAAAGCAAUGGGAACCAAGGACGUGAGAGUAGACGUCAAGCUUAACAAACAAAUCUGGAGCAGGGGUAUCAGAAGUGUUCCCAGGAGAAUCCGUGUUCGCAUUGCUCGCAAGAGAAAUGAUGAUGAGGAUGCCAAGGAAGAGUUGUACUCUUUGGUUACUGUUGCUGAGGUUCCUGCUGAGGGUUUGAAGGGUCUUGGUACUAAGGUUAUUGAAGACGAAGAUUAAGCAAAGGUUUUUCAUGAGAGGACUAGAUAGUUUUGCUUUGUUUAAGGCUAUUUUUAAUAUUAGAAGGUCUUUGGUGAUGUUUAUUGCACUGAGAUGUUCUUUACAUAUGAAUUUUGAUUUUGUUUUGUUAGUAACAACACCUAUCCUUCGAAUUUGAAACAUGUGACAUUGCAAUUUUGCUCUAUGUUUGUUUAUGUUCUAUCUUGACUGAUUUAGGUGAUGUUUAUUGCUCA